CCCAGAAGAUGAACUUUAGCAACUUUGGUUUUGGAGUCAGAUGAGAGAUGGGAUGUGGAAAUUCCUCACCAGCCACCACCAACAACAACACCAGCAGCAGCACUGGAGGUCGUGCUGAGUCUUCAUCAAAGGUAUCAAAUGAGUCUUUGCCUGAAGACGAGAAACGGAAGAACUAUGGAGGUGUGUAUGUGGGUUUACCAACAGACCUGAGCAGCAUUCCUCAAGUACAGAUAGGAUCACUAAGAGAGGUUGACAAAGACUCGUCCCUCAGGAAGCCACUGUGGGGGAACGGACUAUAAUUUUUAAUGAAGAGCCAGGAAGCUGCAGAAGAAAGAUGCAGCAAGAAAGAGUUUGUCGAGGGAGAAGAAGAAA